GAGAGAGAGAGAGAGAGAGAGAGAGAGGGGGGAGUCAAAACAACGAACUCGUUUGUUUUUAACGGCAGCGCUUAAGCCUGGCUCCUAACUGCGCCUGCGCGCCUUGCCUGACGAGCGCGAGCUGGAGGGGGGGGAAGGAAAGCGACGCGCGAGGGAAAGACAGGAGCUCGUCGCGUUGUUUUGUGUGGACGGCCGCGCGCCCGCGCAACCCAAGGGGGUGGGGAAACCCGAGAGUCUCCGCAAAACAAAGCCAAACGGGGAAAUCGCGAGAAAAGCAGCGCGCGCGGUGGCCGUCGGCGUGCGGCACAAACAAGAGCGCUAACUGAUAUUAAUGCCGCUGCGAAGGACGGCUGUAGGAACGGCAGGAUGACUCCUCGGCCGCUUCCCGAACCUGAGGAGAGCGGGGGAAAGCGGCUCGGGGGCGGCGUCGGCAUGAGCAGCAGCGGUGGGCGCUUUCUAUGACCCCCUCCCGAAAACAACCUCACAAGCACAGCCCGCUCCCUGCCUCGGGGUGGGCCGUGGUCGUUGAGGAGGAGACGACGACGCUCCCACCGACCCCCAGCCUUCCCUUGGCGCGUGUGGGAAGGACUGCCACCCCCCCGCAACCAAGAACCACCACCGCAGUAGGUUUUGACUGUUUCUUCUGUGGCGUCUGUGUGGAAAGUGCCACACACACUCCAGAACAACAACGGCUUUUGCUUGUAUUUUCCAGUGUUUCUUUUGUCAGCAAGUUCAGCAAAGUUGUAACACUUCAAGUGCCAGCCCCGAUCAGAGUGAGGAACCAGCAACUGAGAUGGUAAAAAUGACAAAAUCCAAAACGUUCCAGGCUUACCUGCCAAACUGUCAUCGAACUUACAGCUGUAUCCACUGCAGAGCCCAUCUAGCCAAUCAUGAUGAACUAAUUUCCAAGUCCUUUCAGGGAAGCCAGGGACGAGCCUACCUCUUUAAUUCAGUGGUGAAUGUGGGCUGUGGUCCUGCAGAAGAGAGAGUUCUUCUGACAGGCUUGCAUGCGGUAGCAGAUAUUUAUUGUGAAAACUGCAAAACCACUCUUGGAUGGAAAUACGAACAUGCAUUUGAGAGCAGUCAAAAAUACAAAGAAGGAAAAUUCAUCAUCGAACUUGCCCACAUGAUCAAAGACAAUGGCUGGGAGUAAAUUGGAACACUCUUCAUUCUUUAUGGACACUUAAACUGUGGAACAUGCUUUAUAAAGACUAAUGUGAAAAGGAUUUUGGUUGGGCUGGUUGAAAAAAAUCACAGCAUUUUUGAAACCUCCAAACUAAAUAGUGUAAUUUUGCGGCGUCCCCAGGCCAUCUUUUGCCUUCUUCUCUUUAUGUAAGUUUCCCUCUUUUUGUAUAUGUAUUCCUGUGUGAACAGUUGUUUCGGAUUAACUUUUUCUACAAACCCUAGAGGAAUAAUUCCCUAAUUUCAAAUUACUUUCACUAGCUAGUGUCUCUCUUUUGACCUACGCCUUUAAAUGCUCCCUUCUGCUGUGCAUGCUUUUUGCCCGUUGCCUGCCCCAGAGGUUUGUAGGAGGCCUGUGUGAACAGUCCUGGAGAGAAUGUAUGUGAUUAGUGUCCUCCUCCACCCCCUAGCAAUUUCUGUGGCCUCUUUGCAGUGAAAAGGACACAGUAUUGUAGUAACCAUUCCUUGUUCUUUAAAAAAGUACUGUAUUGCAGCCUGUGUACAUCUUUUGGGCAGAUUGGUUAAAGGUUCAGUCAUUUGUGCUGGCUGAAGUUGGUAAAUUCUUGCUUUUAUUAAAAAAGAGGGAAGGGGAACAGAACAAUAAUGUACAAGGAUAACUAUACUGUAGAACGUGUGACCUAAAUCAAUACAUUCCUACAAAAGUUGGACUUUGCUCUUUUAAGGAAGAAUGUCUAGCAAAGUCUUCAAGAUCAAAGGACACAAAUAUAUGCAGCUCUUAUUUUUAAUAUGUCAUGUAAAAUGUUUUUGGUACUGUACCUUUAAUAGGGACUUGUACAUCCACUGAUGUUUUAUGGCUGGUUCCAUGUAGCUACAUAGUUUUUAAUGCACUGGACAAAGAGGUUGGUAUCGGUGAAGGGUUCUGCCCUUGCAGUACUUAAACACACAAGAUUAUUUUUUUGUGGGGGGUGAAGUGGCCAGGGCCUCUAGCUGUUACUGCGCUACCUGUGGGAGGUUGGAAGCUGGUGAGCAGGUAAGAAAGUGCAAAUUGACUUCUUCGUUUAAAAAAGUAAAAUAGCAAGAUAGUUUUUUAAAGGGUGUUUGAUUUGCUGGCUGAAUCACUCCUAAGCACAUUUUUGUAAUAAACGGUUAUGUGAAAGAAACAUCAACUUGUAAUUUUCCCCAGCUGCUGUUUUUACGUGGGGUGACUUAAUCAGACACUUCCACAACAUGUGUGUAUGUGUGUGUACAUAAAGUUCAUUUAAGGGAACUUUUCUGCACACUGUUUCAAGAGAUUUGAAUAUUUUUUAUGUUGUUAUUUGCAUUAAUCUUUGUUCUAAAAUUGACAAGAGGAAAAAUGGAUGGGAGGACAUUUUUACACUACAUAACCGCUGAUAGCAUAAAUAAUAUGGGAAGCCUUAUAUUGGAAACUCUGCUCCUUUCUAAUACAACUUGUACGUGACAUAAGAAAAGCUUUGCAUUGUUUCUGCUUGCUGGCUGCUGCUGUCAUCCUCUGAUAAGCUUUCAAAUCUCUACUGCACUUUACCGAUAUAUUUCACGUAAAGGUUGGAGCCAUCUUUCUCUAAAGAUGAAUUGUUCCUCCCCUCUUCUGUUUGAAGAUUUUUUUUCUCAAAUAAACCAUCUGGGAAGUAGUAUGGUUACACUGUGAUGCAAAAAGGAUACUGAAAAUAUAUACUUAAAUGUGUAUAUAUAGUUACCUCUUAGGCAUUCAAAUCCAAAGAGCUGUACUCGCGACAGCUAGAGUCAAAUUUUGUUUUGCUGAAUGACCUUUCUUCUGGUGCUUAAUUUAAAAUGAAUGAGUUUUUAACAUCCAUUAAGCUUCAGUACAGUACUCUGGAGCCAGAAUUUUUAUCUUAAUUCAUGCCUAGACAGCAGUAGCUUCAGCACCCCCACAGACUGCAAGAAGCUGAUGUUUCUCUAAGAGGAGCUACUUCCUAGGGAGAAGGCUUGGCUCUGUGGUAUCUAACUUAGUGCUACCAUCACUUGUGCUGUCGAUAUAGAUCCUUCCAGUCCCCUUGGACUAGAAGCAAUCAGCAUGGGAACUAGUACCGGCAGGCACUGUAUGUCUUGUGGGUUUGCAACAUGUGCAAACAUUGUCUGGUGUGCCUUGGUAAACACCAGUAACUCAAACGGAAUUAAUUUAUUUUAUAUCACGUUUAAAGCGCUUUAUCUGAAGGUCUGGUUUUCGUCUGUUCUUUAUCUUCCCUCUGUUGCGUGUGACUGAAACAGUAAAGAACUUGAACUGUCCUCUGUCUGGUACAGUAUCCACUGCCAACAAUGAAAGCACUGAAAGUGUCAGCAGAUAGGCACUGUUGUGGGCUCACAAUGCUGGCUCUAAGCAGUACCAGCUGUGAAACUGUUCCUAGAAGCAUCUCGCUUUCAAUAGCAUGGCUGCUCAUUGGUUUGAAAGUCUCUCAUGUAGUACUAUAAGAAUUGGACAAACUUCACUUCGUUUUUUAGGGGAGGGGGUGAAUUUGAGAGGCAAAACAUUUCAGAAAAAAACUUCUUGAGAGUAGUCAAAUCUCUUUUUAUCAGUGCAUUUAUUCAUAUUCUAAACCUAAAUGACUUAGGGCUAAACUACAUGUUACAUGCAAAUCUGUAACUACCCCUUUUUAAAAAGCUGAAAAUUCACUUUGGUUGGAAAGUGUAGAGUAGGGGGUUGCUUAGUCCUUUUCCCAUUCCAAAUCAUCAUCCCAAACAACUCCCCCCCCACAGGGUUUCAAUUGCAUGUUUGCAUUUGGGGGGCAAGCUGUGGGUAGGGGGUGAGGAGGGGUUGCAGUGGAGAAAGGAAUUUGGCUCCCUUGCUCUCUGUUGCUUUUCUGUUCUUUCCAAUUCUCUCCCAAAAUUUUCAUUGUAAAAAGAAAAGGGAAGGGGUCUUUUUUAAACACACACCUGCACAUAAUGUGUAGUUUGGCCUUCUGAGUACAUGAAGAUGGGUGUCUUAACCAAAACCUUAUGUUUAACCUAGAUGCCAAAAACGUGAGGGUUUUUUUUUUUUACGUUGGCACCUGGAAUAUCAAAUCGCGGGUAAAAAUCUAAUGCAAGUCAUUUCUAUUGAUACGGAAUUUAAGGAUACCAAAUACAGCAAUAUUUUUAUGGAUUUUGAAAAAGGGGAUGGGAGGCUGGUAGAGACUUUUAAAUCUAAAAAUGAUACUGUAGGUAUCAAGUAGCAUCCCAUUUCAGAUUAUCUGGGAGGAAGUGAACAAUUUUACUUGGCAUUGUAGGAGGUUCUUUAAAACCGGGUGCUUCAAUUUAACAGGUUGGGUGAAAGUAGAAUCUAGCUAUGGCUGGAUGUUGGUGUAUAAAAGAUCAGUCUGGUUACUGAACUUUCCAGCAUUACAUAUAAGCAUAAUACUUGAACGUUUUACAAAGCAUUUACCUUCUAACCAUUUUUGUUGUUGUAAUAUAUUCUAUUUAAGGUUUUGUGUGUGCUUUCUGGGUAAGUUUACGCUUUCCCUUCAACUUGAGCACUUUUGUUACCGGUUAUUUUUAUUACUGUUGGUCUUAACAUUUAUUUUAUAUAUAUGUAUUUUUUAUGAAUUGUAACAACAAAUUUUUGGUGAAUAUCUCUGUGUUGCUUACUAGUUCCCCUCCCCCUCACCACUUUUGGACUAGAUGAACUGACUACAAGCUGGCUCUUGAGAAGAAUGUUCAUUGGCACAUGAAUGUGCUCGCCAAGUGUACAUCCAUUGAAGUGUUUUUUCCCUAUGAACUCAAUAGUCAUGGUUAUCUUAAACUAGCCAAACGAAAUAGCAUGACUGAGGGCCAGUUCAGACACUCUUUUUAAAAAAAAAUCCAUGUGGAACAUCCGCAUGGCUGCAGCUGUGUGGAGAAAAGAAUGUCUAAUCCUGCAUAACCACAUUAAUGGGCACCUAGCAAGUGAAGCCUGGGCGAUAAUGCCCAUAACAUGUUCAUGCCAGAUCAGAGUUAAUCUUCUCUGUGCAGAUGUAUAAGGAUGAUCUAUGUGGUUUUUUCAUGCAUCUGACGUAGCCCACUGCGCAACCCAUUUUUCAUUUUUCUAGCUCUCUUGGUGUAAGCAUUACAGUAGAGAGAACUGAGUUAAUGUCUGUUAUUUUUCUUAACAGCUAUGAAUGUCUUUUUACCAUUGAAAGAAAAUACCACACUUCCAGCAUAUUAAGUUGCAACAUUUCACUACUUUUGUCCCAAUCAAAGCUUGCUUUUCAGCCUAAUUGGUCUUGUUGUACAUAUGGAUUUGACUUUCUGUGCUAUUGCCAUGAAUCCUAUUAUGUAACAGGCUGAAGCUACUCUUGAGUUGCUCUGGGUUAUGUAUUAAAAGGGGCUAGAGAACAUUGUUUUACUCUUGCCCAAGUUUAUCUAUACUAGAUUGUGAAGUUCAAGAUGUGGCGAGUUCCAAGUAUCAGUGUCUCUCUAAAUUGCUUUUAUUACAUGUAUGAGCAUUGUGUUCUAGGACUGCGUGACGCAUACUGUUAUUGAAAAUUCACUUGAUGUAAGCUGAAAUUAGACUUCAAAGGAACAGUGUUUACCUGUUGAGGGAAAAGGACAACCCACAUUGGUCAUUAAUAUGAAUGUCAGCAUUAAUUGGGGUGUACCAUUUUGAUUUCUAAUAAAUCUGAAAUGUGCUAUCUACAAAAUAUGCUGCUUUCCAAAUAUAAUUAUGGCCACAUUCACACCAUACUAUUAUGCCACUAUUAUUCCACGUUAAAAGGUCAUGGAUUCCCCCAAAGAUCCUGGAAAGCGUAGUUUGUGAAGGCUGCUGAGAGUUGUUAGGAGACCCUGUUUCCCUCACAAGAGCUACAAUUCCCAGAGUUCUCUGAGAAGACAGACUGUUAAACCACUUUGACAAUUGUAGCUCUGUGAGGAGAACAGGAGUCUCCUAACAACUCUCAGCACCCUUCAUAGACUACACUUCCCAGGAUUCUUUGGGGGAAGCCAUGAUUGUUUACAGUGGAAUAAUAGUGGAACAAAGGUAUGAUGUGAAUGUGGCCUAGGAGCUGCUACAAUGACUUGUUUCAUUUUGACCUAACGCCGAUAGCCGCAGUCUAAUUUCCAGCUUGUGUAAUGGGGUGAAAAGAAUGUCAACAAGCCUUCACGUUAAUGAUUCAGUGCUACCACGUGCUGUAGUGUAAAGACAACCAGUAGUCUAUGUUGUAAAGAGCAGGGAUUUCACAGAAGCAACGUAGAGUCAAAACACAGGAGUCAUAGCAAGUGGCAAUUAACUUGUGCCUCAUUGCUGGAACACUUUCGAAAAAUGCUUACUUUUUGCAGCUGAUGUGGCUUCUUUCUGGUUUUUUGUCUUAGCAAUACUGUACCCAAGUUGUUGUUUCACUUAAUUGUAUCUACUUGAGGUAUCACAAUAAAAGUUUUCAGUUGUUUUGUUGAA